AUGAGUGCAUCAGAUAUAAAUGUUACUGUGUCAGGUAUAUCUUCUGGUGCCGCUAUGGCUGUUCAAUUCCAUAUGGCAUACUCAAAAGAAAUCAGUGGAUGUGGUAUUUUAGCUGGUUCACCCUAUCUAUGUGCUGGCAACUUGACAGGAGUUACUAAAUGUAUGCAGGGUCCAGUUCAAAAUAUUUCUGCCCUUCGUAUUCUAUUGAAACUUGAAUCUUAUGAAUCAGCUGGAAACAUUGAUAGUCUUUCAAACAUUGAAAAUGAUUCAGUGUAUAUCUUUUCUGGUACAAAAGAUUUAGUAACGCUUCCUAGUAUCGUCAAGUUAAAUGAGAAAAUUUAUUCGGUAUUGGGUGCUAAUAUCAAGACUAACUAUGAGUUGCCAGCAGCACAUGGUUUUCCAACAGAUAACUUCGGUGAAAGUUGCGAUGUGUUAAAUAUAAAGAAUUUUAUCAAUAAUUGUGGUUUUAAUAUGGCUUAUGAUGUUUUGAAUCAUCUCCAUGGUGGUCAGCUUAUCGCACCCAAAUCAAACUCUGCAACUCCUCUUGUCGGACAAAUGCUUGUAUUUCGGCAAGCAAAUUUCCAGAAUCCUCCUCCAUCUUUGGCUGUAGGUGAUAUUUCGAGUAUUUCUGUUUUAAAAUGGAUAUCAGAUACAAUGUCUUUCUACAAUCCAACCAAAUGGGGUUGGCCAACGUCAGGUCUCUUCAAUUUGACAAUGCCUACUAUCACAGUACCUUUUGAAGGACAACAAGUUAACACACGUAGUUCUUCAAUCGGCCUUGAUGAACAUGGUUUCGUGUACUUUUCAUCCGCUUGCAGCAAAGGUCAAAAGUGCUCGAUCCAUGUUGCUCUGCAUGGAUGUCGACAAGGAAAAUGGUUUAUAGGUGAUACAUUCAUAACUAAGACGGGCUAUUUGGAAGUUGCCGAACUCAACAAUUUAAUUGUGCUAUUUCCUCAAGUCACUCCAACAGCAACUAUCCCAAUGAAUCCAAUGGGUUGUUGGGAUUGGUGGGGCGCCAACACACCAAAUUAUGCAAUCAAAACUGCUCCACAAAUGUUGAGUAUAAAACAAAUGAUCGAGACUGUACGUAUGAUCAAUAGAGCUAUAGCUGCCUCUGUUCAGUAA